AUGGCCGAGGGUUUGGCAGCCCAGUAUCUGCAAGUGCGCAGCAUGCAACGGCACAUGCAAGAAACUAAAAAGAAAGAACUUGACUUGCAACGUAAAAAGGCAAAAGAGCAGGAAGAAGAAGCACAGCGACUCAAACUAAAAUUGUCCCUAUCCAACGAAUCCGUCACCAGUUCAGAGAUAGAACGGGCUAUUAAUCUGAGACCAUCGACUUCUGGCACUCAGGAGUCUGUCUACUGGAGGCCAACCACCUCUUCAACUCAAGCCUCUAUCAAUUGGAGACCAUCCACCUCUGUCACCCAAGCCUCGAGUCGAAGACCCAUGCCUGAAGCCAUCGCAUAUCGUGCUCAUACUGACCAUGGUCAUCAUGGACGGCCAGGCUCCAUCUCCUCCCAUUCAGGCUCUCAGAAGUCCUCCAUAUCCCAUCAGCCCUCCCAUUAUAAAGUCUCAUCGCAGAGCUCUCUAGCACCUCCAUCCCCUCGAGGAUCCAACUCUUCCUCCGGACGUAUUUCCACCGUCUUUGAAGAUGCGCCCUUCCGACCUACAAAGCGAGUCCGAGCGCAGUAUCCUCUCCACUCGAGCGAGCCUCAUGUCGAAUACAUCCUCGUGGCCUCCUUUGAUAUCGACCGCGGUCCGAUCAUGGAACACCAAUUCCCCGGCGCGAUCAGCCCUGACGAAAACAUGCUUGCAGAACUGAUGUUACCGGAUCAGACACAUCUUCGACAGCAAGAUUGGACCAUGUUUUUCCUUCACAAGGAUGCCGGGUCCAGCGAGGAGGAAGCGGCCGAAAGAUUAGCAAACAAACAGGCAAGAGCGCGCAGAAGGCGUGCCAGAGCAUCAGGAGAUUCUCGAAGCACAGAAAGUGACAGCAUGGACAAUGACAGUAGCAGUGACGAGAGCGACACCGGGUCGAUAAAUAAUCCCCCUUUAAUGUACGUGCUUAAUCUGGUCAACACCAAGCAGGACAGUACAGCCAAGAGAGGUGCGGUCGUCAAAGCCAUGGCCAUUUGCACCAGGCACUCUUUUCUGCAUAUCUACAAGCCUCUCUUACUGUUGGCUCUGGAGGACUAUUUCAAAUCACCGAUCCCGGACACGUUGGAGUUGCUCUACAACGCACUCAAUGCCAUGGACUUGUCACUGUUGCCCAAGCUGUCUCAUUUGGAGCGCCAUAUUUUACAAGCAAGCGAUGCUAAAGACAUGUUUAUUGAAAAGUUUGAGCAGAUGAUCGCUCAACGUUUGGCGGACGAGAGCCAGAGAAGAAGUCUGGAGGCACCAGAUUCACCGACCCGAACUGAACCGAAAUACGUCGUGCCUCGUGAUACGCACGAGUUUGAAUCCAAGAUUGUGUACAACGGCAUUCCCAUUCCGGUCAAGAUCCCAACCGCGUUGUCGCCCGAGACCGUGGGUGAUUUUUCUCUGAUCAGGCUGGUACAAACAUUCGGCAAUCCGCACAUAUCACAACCUCAACCUUUUGCUCUCCACCCUCAUCUGACCACAUCUGGUGCUUUCACGCACCCCAUCAUUGUACUCAUCAACGCCAUGCUGACGGAGAAAAGAGUGAUUUUUCUCGGUCACAAUCAACCAGCAGGGACAGUGGCUGAGGCGGUUCUUGCUGCAUGUGCCCUUGUUUCUGGUGGCGUCCUGAGAGGCUUCACCCGUCACGCAUUCCCCUACACUGACCUGACCAAAAUUGACGAACUUCUCAAAGUUCCUGGUUUUAUUGCAGGGGUGACCAACCCUGCGUUUUCGUAUCAUCCCGAGUGGUGGGAUGUUCUGUGUGAUCUUCCUUCCGGGAGAAUCAAGAUAUCCUCAUGUAUCGAACCAGCGCCCGCUACGGAAGGGUCUACGUACUUUCAACAGCAUCUCCAUUCCAAGGAUACGAGCGGAGGCGACGCCACUGGAGAUACCUUAUUCAUGGAUGAAAUUAGCAGAGGGAUUGCAUCGCGCCACGGAGAGUCCAUCAUUCGAGCCAAGUUCCAGGCAUACAUCACCAAGUUUACCCGGAUUGCGGCGGCCUUUGAAGAAACAGUGUACGGAGCAACCAGCUUAAUCUCCAUCCCUCCAACCGAAGUGGAAAAGGCGGAAACACCUACCACAGUGGCAGGGUUCGAUCGACCAAUGUCUCUCAAGACAUCGAGUCAGAACUUGAAGGGGCACGGCUAUGUGUGGCCGAGUGAAGAAGCCAAAAUGCGAGAGCUGGCCGCUUCGGCGGCGAGGAUCGAGGGCUGGCGUAAUACCAGGUCAUAUUAUUCGUUCAUCUCGGACUUGGCGGCGCAUUCGUUGGAAGCAGACUUGCCUCCCUCGCCCGGACACAUCACAGCCAUCCCACCGGCGAAGCCCUACGUCGACUUGUAUCAUUCUCUGGCCAAGCUGAAAACGCUUCGAUUGACACCAAACGAAGCGGGCGCGAUCUACCUUGCACUUGAAGCAUAUUGUACAGAUUAUGAUACGAUUUUGGAGUUGCUAGAGCUGAUGCCAGUGUCGGAAGCCGGACUGUUUUACAUUGGCCUGGGUUUGUGGCACGAGGACGCUCAAGUGCGGCUUGCAGUGGCCACUUUGUUAGAUAGCAUCAAAAAGCACCCGGCGGGGAGAAUCUUCUUUAGCCGUCUAGGAGGAUGGGCAAACAUGGGCUUCAAAAGAGCUAUUCAGGAAAGAAACGCCCGCCGGCGGGCUCACCAGCAUGAGAGUGAUGGCUCGAUGGAUGCUACGACGUCGAAUGGGGAUGGUCGGAGGAGUUGAGUAGGGGGUGUUGCAAUCUUGGAUACCUUGGGUUUGAAAUGGACAGAGGUUGCACUGGGUAAUAUGGUAGGUCGAUGUGAACGGCUAUGAAUUCAUGAAAGAUACUGGUCAACAUGAUGGGAUUGACUGACUGGACG